GUCACAGCUAGCAAGGAGCUGCAAGAAGAGAUGACGAGGCUGACAACUGCAGCAAAUCGUGCUCAAGAGGCAGAGAAGAGCUUGCAUGCAAAGUUGGAGGCCAUUCAGGAAGAACUUGUCAAGGAGAAAGCGCGAGCCGAGGCGGAGGCCUCCAAGUGCGUGGCCGCGCGAGAUGUCCAGGAGGCCAUCAUGCAAGAGAUGAUCUCGGCGAACGUGGAGAAACGAACUGUCCGAGAGAGCUUGGAGGCCCAGCUCCAAGAGCAGAAGAAGCGCGCCAGUGAAUUUGAGGCCAAGUAUCUGCAACUUCAGGCCGAGGAGGAAUCUCGCAACCGAGGUCAAAAGCAGGUCUUGGACCAAGAAAGAAGUUUUGUGGAUCGACUCAUCAGAGACAAGGAGGGCUUGGAACAAAGCACUGGGCGCCUUCAAGAGCAGUUGGCCAAGGCCAACAUGGCUGCGAAUGAGUUGGAGGCGAAGUUCAACCAGGAGAGGUUGAAGUUGGAGGCUGCCAACCAGGAUCGCCUGGAGCUGAUGCAGCGACAGAAGCUGUCUGCGGAAGAAGCUGAGCAUGCCGACAAGGUGUUGCAGCACCAGAUCAAAUCAGCGCAAGAGGCUGAGUUGAGACUGUCCAACCGAGCAGCAGCACUCAAGGCCCUCAUGGAAGGCGAGAGAGCCAAGGUGGAGCAGCUGACCGAAGGCUUUGCGAUGUUGGCCAAACAGGUUGGUAGUGGACAGCCCCAACCGCAGCUGGAGAAUCAGUUGCAGGAGCUGAACAGCCAAAUGCUGGAGAUGCGAGCGAUGCUGAAAUCGAAGGGCGACGAGGGUCCCAAAGACGCAGAGCUGACUCACGCUCUCAAUGAGGUCUCGGCGGCCAACGCUCAGAUUCAGACGGCCGUGGCACGGGAGAAGGAUGCCUUGGAGCG